AUGGGGCCAUCAUUAUGCUCUUUCCAGGUCAGAGAAGGACGUACUACACUUGUUAUCACUCAUCAUUUGUCAACAGUUCGAAAUGCAGACCUUAUAGCUGCAUUUGAAAAUGGUGUCAUCGCAGAACAAGGGACUCAUAGUGAGCUAAUGAAGCAGAAGGGAAUUUACUACAAGCUUGUUAAUAUGCAGGUAGCUUUUUCACAAAAUUUUUUUCAUAGUUUUUAUCAUGUUGAUAAAAACAUACCUCCAGUUUCAUUUUUUAAAAUUAUGAAACUGAACAAAACUGAAUGGCCGUACUAUGUUGUUGGAACUUUAUGUGCAAUUAUCAAUGGGGCUUUGCAACCCAUAUUUUCAGUCAUCAUUUCAGACGUUAUAGGGAUGUUUGUAGAGAAAGGAGAGGUUGCCAUCAGGGAGACAAGUAGUACAUAUGCACUGCUGUUCUUAGGGUUUGGACUAAUUUCUUUUGUCACUUUUUUUCUUCAGGGUUUCACAUUUGGCAAAGCUGGAGAAAUCCUUACAAUGAGACUUCGAUCCAUGGCAUUUAGAGCAAUUUUGAGACAGGAGAUCAGCUGGUUUGAUGAUCCCAAAAAUAGCACUGGAGCAUUAAUAACAAGACUUGCUAAUGAUGCCUCAGAAGUGAAAGGAGCUACAGGUUCCAGACUGGCACUAGUUGCCCAAAAUGUAGCUAAUCUCGGCACUGGAAUUGUUCUGUCUUUGAUCUAUGGCUGGCAGCUGACUCUCCUGCUUUUAGCCAUUGUGCCAGUUAUUGCUAUAACAGGAAUGAUUCAAAUGAAGAUGCUUGCUGGGCAUGCAAAAAAACAUAAGAAGGAACUGGAAAUUGCAGGAAAGAUUGCUUCAGAAGCCAUAGAAAAUAUUAGAACUGUUGUUACUUUGACUCAGGAAAGGAAAUUUGAGUUUAUGUACGGACAAAGUCUGCAAACAUCAUACAGGAAUGCUGCAAAGAAGGCACAUAUCUUCGGAUUUACUUUUGCCUUUACACAAGCUAUUAUGUACUUUACUUACGCUGGCUGUUUUAGGUUUGGUGCCUAUCUAGUGACAAACCGACACAUGCGCUUUAAAGAUGUGCUUCUGGUUUUUUCAGCUAUUGUAUUUGGAGCGAUUGCUUUAGGACAAAGCACUUCCUUCACUCCAGACUAUGCCCAGGCCAAGAUGUCUGCUGCCCACUUGUUCAUGCUGUUUGAAAGAGUGCCGUCCAUAGACAGCUACAGCGAGGAGGGACAGAAGCCUAAAAUAUUUGGUGGAAACAUAACAUUCAAGGAUGUGGCAUUUAACUACCCAACUCGACCAGAGAUCAAAGUGCUUCAAGGUUUGAACAUGAAUGUAGAAAAAGGACAGACCCUGGCUCUUGUUGGCAGCAGUGGCUGUGGAAAGAGCACUGUUGUUCAGCUGCUUGAGAGAUUUUAUGAUCCACUCAGUGGAGAAGUGCUGCUGGAUGGCCAAAAUGCAAAGACACUAAACCUCCGUUGGCUGAGAGCGCAGAUCGGCAUCGUCUCACAAGAGCCCAUCCUGUUUGACUGCACCAUUGCCGAAAACAUCGCCUACGGGGAUAACAGCCGGCAGGUCUCGCACGAGGAGAUCGUCAGUGCAGCUAAAGAAGCCAACAUCCAUUCCUUCAUUGAAUCCCUGCCAAAGAAAUACAGCACACGUGUGGGAGACAAGGGAACUCAGCUCUCCGGUGGUCAGAAGCAACGUGUCGCUAUCGCUCGAGCUCUCGUACGGCAGCCCCAGAUCCUGCUGCUAGAUGAAGCUACCUCUGCACUGGACAUAGAAAGUGAGAAGAUAGUGCAGGAGGCGCUGGAUAAAGCCAGAGAAGGCCGCACCUGCAUCGUGAUAGCUCACCGCCUCUCCACCAUCCAGAGCGCCGACAAGAUCGCUGUCAUCCAGAACGGCAAGGUCGUAGAGCAAGGGACCCACCAGCAGCUCCUGGCCGAAAAAGGCAUCUACUAUUCUCUGGUCAAUGUUCAGAGUGGGUCACACAAAGUAUGA